AUGCGGACGAUUUCACGAGAUCAUGCCAAGUUGGACUCAGACACAAUUGCAGAUGCUAUUAGGUCAUUGGUUAAAGUAGACCCAUUGAUAAAGGUGAAGUCUAUUAUUGCAGAAGUUCAAUCUAGGUUCAACUACACUGUAAGUUACUACAAGACUUGGUUGGCAAAGCAGAAAUCUAUCGCAAAAAUUUUCAGAGAUUGGGAAGUUUCUUAUCAAACUUUGCUAUUAUGGUUGAAAGCAAUGACUGCGAAGAUGCCAAGGUCUCGUGUUAAAAUAAAAAUGCUCCCUGUUUACCGUGAGAGUGAGGAGGUUCAGGGUGUUAGAGUUCUCCAUCGUAUUUUUUGGAGCUUCUAUCCGUGUAUUGUAACAUUUAGACACUGCAACCCAUUGGUGCAGGUUGAUGAUACACACCUGUACAAAAAAUAUAAAGGUACAUUUUUAGUUGCAGUUGCACAAGACAAGAACCAAAACAUUGUGCCUAUUGCAUUUGCGAUAGUCGAAGGUGAGACAAAAGACGCGUGGGAGUUUUUUCUAACCAAUUUGCGGAGAUAUGUUGUUACCAUAGAUGGCGUAGGCAUUAUUUCUAACCGCCAUAACUCCAUCAACGCAGCAAUAGCUCGCAAUAAUGGUGCAUGA